GUUGGUCUUUACUGUGUUGUCCGAUUGGCUGCUUCUCUUGACUGAUCAUGUGUUCAUCCACUGACUAACGUCCUUGGGACAUUUUUACCAAUAAGCUGCGAGAUGGUUUGUAUCCGUGCUGGUAUUGGUUGCUUGCUAUCUCCUCUAUACGCCUAUUGGCUUCUCUUGUCCAAUCAGAGUUUACAAGUCUUUCGCGUGAGUGACACUGGUACAGACCAAUGAAUGUGUCGCCUACCUAUCUAUGAUUGGUGCAAUGUUGCUUUGUGGGAGGGACAUGUUGAUGUUUUGUGCUGGGAUGGAAAAUGGCGGCUGUUCAGAGUCUGCUCUAACUUCACACUGUGCCAUUUUUACCAGCUGAAGCAAUGUCCGCCCUUUCUCGCAGGAUAUAAGAAAUAUGUGAAUGUUGAUAUUUUAAUAUAACUUCAGGUCAUGUUGAGUUGGCCUUUUAUAAGCAGGACGCUAAUAGAAAGCUAACAGCAGCAGGACACGGUUUGGAGUGGAGAAGAGAGGGAACAAAGCUCCAGUAUUCACAAAGGCAGGAUGCUAUGAGAAUAAUAACUUUGUGUGAGUAGCCCUUUUAAAUGAAACGGACGCUAAUAGUAACCUCUGCUAUUUAGUUCAUCAAACGUCCAGCCAGUGAGAGUAAAGCGAUGUUAGACUGGAAGCGAUGAGUGUGAACUUCCAUGUUCCUGCACAGACACAAGCAGAGAGUGUUGCCCUCUCAUACAAUGCGAGUAAAACAAAAAGUUAGUCCUGUUUGUGUUGAAGCCAUAGAAGCUAGUCUUGUUUCGUGUUAUAAGUCUCUCUUACUGGAUUCACACACACGCCUUCCUGCCGCUUGUUUACUAUCCACCGGAGCCAUGUGGCGUACAGCCACAGCUCACUGUUAGACCGAUGGCUCUGCUUUAAUGCUCCUCGUUUAAAAAGCUCAGCUUGGUUGGACACAGUUCUCCAGUGAUGAUGGAUGACUCCAAGACACGGCACAGCAAAAGACUGCGAGCUGGUAUCCGGAGACGUUACCAUGACGAUGGUAUUUCAGAUGAGGAGAUUGAUGGAAGGAGGAUGUUUGACUUGGAGGAGAAAGUCACCAGUCAGAGGUUCACCUCUGACAGGAUCAUUCGCAUGGAGGGAAAAGACUUGUCAUACGAGUUCGUCCAGAGAUGUGGUCUUAGGGACCCAAUCAUCUUUGAGAAGCCUGAUGGACUGGGAAUCAUGAUGCCUGAUCCUGGCUUCAGUGUCAAUGACGUCAAGCUUUUUGUUGGUAGCAGACGUAUGAUUGACGUGAUGGACGUGAGCACUCAGAAGGGGACAGAGAUGUCCAUGGCCCAGUGGGCACGUUACUAUGAGACCCCUCCGUGUCAGAGAGAGAAGCUCUAUAAUGUCAUCAGCCUGGAGUUCAGCCACACCAAGCUGGAGAACCUGGUCAAGAGACCGACCACAGUGGAUCUGAUUGACUGGGUGGACAAGAUGUGGCCUCGUCACCUGAAAGAGAGACAGAGGGAGUCCACAAACUCUAUCAAUGACAUGCAGUACCCCAAAGUACAAAAAUACUGUCUGAUGAGUGUGGAGGGCUGCUACACAGACUUUCACAUUGACUUUGGAGGGACUUCAGUGUGGUAUCACAUACUGAGAGGAAGCAAGGUGUUCUGGCUCUUCCCCCCCACCCCUCCGAAUCUGGAGCUCUAUGAGAACUGGGUGCUGUCAGGGAAACAGGGAGACAUUUUUCUAGGUGACCGGGCGUCUGACUGCCAAAGGAUUGAACUCACACAGGGCUGCACCUUCAUCAUACCCUCAGGUUGGGUUCAUGCUGUCUACACCCCUGUGGACUCUAUGGUAUUUGGAGGAAACUUCCUGCACAGCUUCAACAUCCCUACGCAACUUAACAUCUGUAACAUAGAGGACCGAACACGGGUUCCAGGGAAGUUCCGUUACCCCUUCUUCUAUGAGAUGUGCUGGUAUGUGUUGGAGCGUUAUGUUUUCAGCCUGACCAGGACCUCCUACCUCACACCAGAGUUUCAGAAACACUCGUUGGGCAUUGGUCUGAAUAAGCCGUCAAUCCCAGAUCUGGCUGUUGAGCAGGUGAAGGAGGAAGAGGUGGAGGGAGGGGACAGUGAUGAAGAACCUUCAGAGCAGCAGUCUGACAAACCUGCAGCUAAAAUGUAUCUGACUCCCUUUGAACUGGAGGGGCUCUGGAACCUGCUGGGUAAACUGGAGUCUCUGCCCUCCAACAAAAAGUGUGUCCCAGCUGGGAUACACAAUGCCCCUGCACUCAUUACACACAUUAAGGCACUUCUGAAAGAACAUGCCAAUGAUAAUUCCAAACUGUCCUACACAGGAAAACCCAUAGUCAAGUGGCCAAAGCGGCCAUCAUGGUACCAGCCGCCACCUCCUCCUCCAACACCACCGCCUCGUCCUAAACUGGCCUCCACACCCAUCAUCCCACGACCACAGAAACCAGCCUCCUCGAUGUCUGUGCUGAGACGACGCAGGGUCAGGUGUAAGCGCUGUGAGGCCUGUAUGAGACCAGAAUGUGGAGACUGCAACUUCUGCAGAGAUAUGAAGAAGUUUGGAGGACCUGGGAAACUCAAGCAGACCUGUGUGCUACGACAGUGUCUUUCUCCGGGCCUCCCCCUGUCUGCAGUGUGUGAGAUCUGCAAGGAACCCAAUCAAGAGGAAAGUGGAGACCCCUCUCUGAUCCUGAUGGAGUGUUCCAACUGUGCCCAGAUCGUCCAUCCUGCCUGUCUCUCGGUUCAGGGUGAAGGACUGGUGAACAAAGACCUGCCAAGUUGUUGGGAGUGCCCAAAAUGUGUCCAAGGAAUCACUGACCCAGAGUCUAAAGGUGACAGAGUUGAAGGCCAUUCAUUGAAGCGCAAAUCUUCCACCCUCCUGGACGCUCGAAUGGCCAAGAUUUACCGACGACAGAGACACAGCCACGAUGGAGAUGACUCUGCCAGUGAUGACGACGAUGAAGCCUCUCAGAGGAGAAAAAUGAUGCUCCAUGCUCGAGGGGGGGGCCACUCUUCCAGGAGGGGGUUUGUCCCCAACAGGAGAGGUCUGCUGAGAGGAGGCUCAGCCCAAAGAGGAAGCAGAGGCCUUGUAACUUCUGGCUCCUCCCUCCUCAAGCUAAAGCGAGGCAUGAACAUGAAGGAGAGUGGGCGGAGGGGACGAGGGGUGAGGCUGCGGGGAGGCUCCAGGAUGCAGCGAAGAGGAGAUGAUUCGGACGAGUCAGACGAUGACGACGAUGACGACGACGACGACGAUGAUGAUGACGACGACGAUGAUGAUGAUGAUGAUGAUGAAGAGGAGGACGAAGAAGAGGACAGUGAAGAUGGAGUGAAAGAACAACAACUUCGCAGACAUAGGAGGAGGCGCAGGACUGACUACGAUGAAGAUGAGAAUGAGGACAGUGAGGGGCAGGAGUUUGACCCUGAAGAGGAGGAUAUGGACACGCUGGAAGAUGACGAGGAAGAUGACGAUGGGGAUGAGGAUGGGCGCUGGGAUUCAGACCCAGAACCCCCGGUCCUCCUUGUGUCUGAUCUCAAUGAUGACCUGCUGAGUGGGUCCUACUUGACUGUCACCCUACAGCGCCCCCACAAGGCCAAGAGACAAUCUGGCUCGAUAGUUCCGAAGCUUGAGGCAGCCAUGGGUCCGAGGACGGCUGCGAUGGGUGCUGGUGGUCAGCAGGGCUUCAUCCAGAGAAAGACGACUCUGUCCAAACCUUCCCGUCUCAAGGGCACUGACACUACAGCUGACAGCGUAACACUAAGAGGACCUGGCAGGCAACGUAUGCGGGGUAACCAUGGCGACAGAGGGACUAGAGAUUGCUCAGCAUCAUCUUCAGAAGAUCAGGAACCUGCUGCAUCCUCCUUCCAGUCUCCUCUGUCCCUGCUGUCUGUGCUGUCCUUUAAGGACGAGGGUAAUGAGAGAGGCGGGGAGAAGGAAGUUUGGGUGUCUGUGUUCAGAUACUUGACCAGAGUCGAGCUGCUGGCCUGCAUGACUGUGUGUAAGGCCUGGUACAAGUGGAGCUGUGACAAGCGUCUGUGGAGCCACUUGGAUGUGAGCCGCUGCAGCCCGCUCAGUAAUCAGGCCCUGGCAGGUAUCGUCAAACGCCAGCCCACCUCUCUUGACCUGUCCUGGACCCCCCUGGCCAAAAGACAGCUCAACUGUCUGCUCACCAGGCUCCCAGGUCUGAGGGAGUUGAGGGUGACUGGUCUUUCGUGGUCAUGUCUCUCAGCGUUGGUCUCACCCACUCUGCCUUACCUGCGGCUGCUGGACCUGCGCUGGUGUGAAGGCCUUAAAGACGCCCAGAUUAAAGAGAUCAUCUUGCCACCUGAAUCCUCUCGCAGCAGACUACGGAACAUGGUGACACUGCGUCUGUCGGGUCUGGACAUCAGUGACUCUACUCUGAGGUUGCUGCAGCGCCACAUGCCUCAGCUGGAGAGGUUGGACCUGGCUCACUGCAAAGACAUCACAGACUCGUCCAUUGCUUUGCUGGCAGCAGCCGGGACACACACACGCAACAACCUCACUGAGCUCACACUGGCAGGCUGUAGCGAGUUGACAGACGGCUGUCUGUCCUACCUGAAGCGUCUCACCUCUCUGAAUCUGCUCGAUCUCAGAGGUUGUAAGAGUGUCAGCCGACGAGUGUGUGACUCCUUUAUCUCCGAUCUGUCUCACAUCGCCCUCUACUGUAUGAUGGAGGAGAAGCUCAUCCAGCGCCUGGACUAAAGCAAACAAACAGACACAAGUUUCCACUGGAGGGGAGUGUAGAAAAAGUGCUUCUUCAAAUCAUUUUUUUAUAUAAUAUUCUCAGUUUUGAGUGUUUUGUUCUUCAGAAGGUGAAGACCAUCAAAGCUACUGUUUGCCGACAGAAAACACCGGACCCGACACGACAGAUAAUUAAGAACCAAAACUAAAUUGCUCCUAAAAUCAGGAUUUUCUGGAGCAGCCUCUAAACAACCCCUUUAGAGUUGUGUUUUUUACUGUUUUUCCCUUUGCAUCUAUUCUUUUUGUGAAGCUAGGCUCAAACUGAACCAAUCUUUUUGAAAGGACAAAACUACAAACAUCUAAUUUUUUUUUUAUAUUUCUUUAGAACGUCUUGAAUCACUGAAAAGAUUUUUGUGACUCUUCUAAGGUCCACAUGCUCUAUCAUUUCUAGAAUGUACUGUACAACGGAGGGAGCGCUGCUUGUGUUGACUAUUUUUGGAAGAAACAAUAUUGGAAAAUACAAAAGUGAAUCUAUUUUUGUUGACUGGAAUGAACCAAAGUGGCAGUUGUGGUACAUAACCUGUAUGUGUACAGUGAAGUCAUGUAUAUAUUAUGUUAAUUUGUUUCAGUAAUUUUGUGUAUCAAUCAGGCAUUUGAUAUUGUACUUGUACAUUUUUUUUCUUAACACUUUGUGAAAACGGAUUAAAAUGUCCAACCAUCCAA